GAGCAGCUUUUGGACAUAACAAACACCCGCAGCGCAGCUGAUGGGAGCCUGUUCGUCCCGCAGUGUUAAAUUGCCUGCUAGACCUGCGCGCGCCACCGGUGAGGCCACACCAGAGACCCGCAGCAUCAUGUCGGACUGGUUCGAGCGCCUUGUGGGUUUCAGAGAGCGCGACGCGAAUGAUGUAAGAGCGCUCGUCACCGCCGAAGGCACGGACCUCGUCGCGCCCGCCUUAAACCAGCGCUACAAGGCCGGCGCGUUCACGACGCCGUCCCUCGGCGAACUAAGAAAUCAACUCAAAGCACGGACCUACGAAAAAAAACCACCGUCCUUCUCCAAUGUCAUCGGCGACGCGGGCGCCCUGCACGGCGAGUUCCCGGGCGCGACGUUCCAGGUCGCGAGCCAAUUCAACUGCCUCGAGUUCGUGGGCCCUUCGGUCACGCCCGAGGACGGCGUCACGGGCUACGCCUGGGACAAGACGCAGGGCCCCUGCUGCGCCAUCGCCUGCGGCGCCUCGACGAUCUACCGGAACUAUUUUGGGUUGAAUGGCGCGCCGCAGACCAGAGAUUCACAGAUCGAGAACCUCCGCGACGUCCUCACGCAUCUAGGGCCGCUCGGCGGCCGCUUCGACGUCCGGGGCGGCUACACGAUGGCCGACGACGCCGCGCUGCGGGCGCUAACGGAGAAGGUCGCGAGUUUAGAUGAAGCGGGCCGCGACGCGGUCAAGGCGCUCCUGCGCAUCGGCCUCCAGACGGACUGCCAGGUCACCUCCCAGAACUGGGGCCGCGACCAGUUGAGGGAUACCGACCACGUCGUCACGCAGAUCUUCGCCUCGGCCUGUUCCGUCGCCUAUUCAGGAAACGGCAGCGGCCUCUGGAAGGCCUUCGCCUCGCUGGUCCUGGAGGCGUCCUACGAGGCGGCGCUCAUCGCCUCCGCGCUAAACGCGCUCGACCACCCGGACCGGCCCCACGCGUCCAAGGUGUUUCUGACGGCCGUCGGCGGCGGCGUCUUCGGCAACGGCCUCUCGUGGAUCGCGCGCGCCAUCGAAAAAGCUCUGGCUUCGGUGGACUACCCCCUCGACGUGCGCUUAGUUACGUACGCCCCGCCGGUGCCGCGCCCGUUCGAGACGCUCGCCGCGGUCGCCGAGUCCCUCGCGGAGUCGCGGAAGCGGCCGCGCGACGAGGGGAGCGCCCUCGGCGGCGCGGCCGCGUCGUCGCCG